GAAUUGGAUGACCAAUUUAUUCGUCAUUGUCAUUCAUCUUCAUCAAUAUUUGUUUAAUAAUUUUUUCUAUUCGUAUAACUGGAAUUUCAUCUAUUUUUAGGUUAGGUUUGUUCCAUUUAGUUGUAACAAUUUUUACAAUGAAAAAUUUUUCUUCAAAUCACGAUCAAAUUAAUUUAUCGUUUUUCGCGAUCAAUUUGUGUCACUAUAAAAUUCUUUUACAGUUUUAUCAUAGCUACGGGAGCAACUACAAUAUUACUAUUUGAUCGAAACUUCAAUACAUCUUUUGAGGGUGGAGGUCCAAUUUUAUUUCGAUUCUUGAAACGUCCAGAAACUUAUAUUAAUAUUAAUAUUAUAUUUACAUUCAAUUUUACCAGGAUU